UAAUAGCUGCGAUAAGAUAAGCUCCAAGCUCGCCAACGUCGAACGACAUACCGACCAUUGCUUUUUUCUCGAACAGUGACCAUUUCCCUGGGCAUACGAUCUACGACGCUUCUUCUUACGCAAAAGACUUCUACGCAAAAAGAUACCGAAAUAAUCAAAAAUGGAAUUCGGCAACUCAGGUUCAUUGAGUGAAGAUGGCAUCCAUCUCGAUAUGGACCGGUUGAAGAAGGGGGAGGUGAACUUGGGUACCUCGAUCAUGGCAGUGACAUUCAAAGACGGCGUCAUCCUCGGAGCCGACUCGCGCACAACAACGGGCGCCUACAUCGCGAACCGCGUAACCGACAAGCUGACCCAGGUACACGACACCAUCUGGUGCUGCCGGUCCGGGUCGGCCGCCGACACACAAGCAGUCGCCGACAUUGUCAAGUACCAGUUGGAGCUAUUUGCUAUGAUGAAUGGCAAGGCGCCAACGACGCAGACGGCGGCGGCGAUUUUCCAGGAAAUCUGCUAUGCCAACAAGGACCGAUUGACGGCGGGCCUUAUCAUCGCGGGCUGGGACGAGCGGCACGGCGGGCAGGUCUACAGCAUCCCACUGGGCGGGUCACUUCACAAGCAGUCGUACGCCAUCGGCGGGUCCGGGUCGACGUACAUCUACGGCUUCUGCGACGCCAACUGGCGCGAGGGCAUGGAGGAAGCCGACGCGGUGAACUUUGUCAAGGAGGCGCUCAAGGAGGCUAUCAAAUGGGACGGCAGCUCGGGUGGUGUCAUCCGUAUGGUCGUGCUGACAGCCAAGGGUGCUGAUAGGCAUCUCUACUUGCCGGAUACAGACUACAAGGUCCGGCAUAUGUGAGGUCGUCUCGCCUGGGUUAAAGGGUAGAUAGGAAAUUAUUCCGGGCGACGAGUCCAGGUUAUCGAACAGCCGGACCUUGUACGAAC